AUGGCCGCAAUACUUUCCAACGCUGAUUUUCAUUCACUAAAGCGAGCACUUCUAGAAUGGAUCGCGAACAAUCCACAGAAGAAACUCAGCUUUCUUCUUACUGGUAAGACUGGCGUCGGCAAAUCCCGCUUGGUGAAUGCUCUUGUCGGAGAAAAUGUUGCCAACGAAGGGCAACAGCGAGAUUCUUGCACGAACACAGCGACUCCGUACAAAGUUACUAAAGAAGAUAUUGACAUACUUGUCUGGGAUUCUCCUGGUCUCCAAGAUGGCAACGCCGAUUAUUCCAACUGGUACCUUGAAAACUUGAAAGAUAUUAACUCGAGGUAUGGCAUUGAUGUCGUUGUCUACUGCCUCAAGAUGGAUGACAGGAGAUUUUAUAGCGAAGACAAGAAGGCCAUUCGUAAGCUAACAGAAGGUUUUGGAAAGGAACUGUGGAAAAAAACUGUGAUAGCCUUAACCUUUGCUAACAAAAUUCAAGAUCCAGAUGAGAUAGACGACCAAAUCUAUUUUCUGAAAGAACUUACUGAAUGGGAAAGGCAAUUGAGAGGUGUGCCAGGUGGCAUCCUUACUGAGUUGCAAAUCGAUUCCAAAGUGCUCUCGGCUCUUCCAAUUAUCCCAGUCGGAAAUUAUGCUGGAAUGCCCAAGAAGCCCAGACCGCUACCCAACGGUGAUAACUGGCUCAGUGAAUUGUGGAUUAGUUGCUAUUCUGUAAUGAGUGAUACCGCAGGGGUAGCGCUGUACAAGAUAAGCAAGAACCGCUUAGUAUUUGACGCGACUGCUGUAGCUCCCAAAGAUGAUCCUAGGGACAUACCGGGCGAUAUACCUUUGAACGAUAGACAGCAAAAUACGCUUUGGAAAAGAAUGUGGGACGCCUUUAAGAGUUUUGCCCCUCAAUUUAUCGCCCGUUCAAUGAGUACAGGUGUUUUAGCAGCUGUUGGUGUUGCUAUACUAAGAGUCCUCAAUAGAUAA